AGUGCAGGGCGUGGGUGAGCGUCCUCUGGUUUCCUAGCAAUGGGGCAGAGGCGGUUCCACGCGUCUAUUCAGAGUACAGGGAUUCUACAGGGAUAUCAACUGGCUCCACUGAAACUGCAGUAAGAAACUCAUAACCAAAAAUAAUGAAACUAAGGCUCCAGCAACAGUCUAACCAUCAGAAGCAGUAUAAUUAUUAAAUCAUUUUUGGAUAUAUCUAAUGAAAAAUGGCAACACAGCUAAACAAUAAUUCAAGUCUACAGGAAAAAGCAAUUACAAGACUUGAAACUAAAGGCUACAUAAGCAGAACGAGCAAGCCAGAAAGUCUGCCAGGUAUUGCUGGAAUGGCGCUAGGUGUUCAAAAUAGAACUGCAGCUAAAAGCCAGAUGGUCAAGGAAACCGGAAAAUGCAUUCCCAGCAGUGUUGGGUUUGAAAGAAUUAGGAAGAGUGUUGUCAGCAAAUCAGUUCAGGUAUCUUCAGAUGGUGACAACUUGUCUCUGUUGCAAGCACUGCAGAAAGAAAACCUAGCGCUCAAAGCAUCACUCAAAGAGAAAGAAGCAUCAAUAUUAUCUCUGAUCAAAGAAAUUGAUAAUAAGACUUUGCAGUAUAAAAGCACAAUUCAAACUGAAAUAAACAAUCAUAACAUAACAAGAAAGCAACUGGAGGAAUCUCAGAGUGCGGUUAAACUGAAGGAAAAACAUCUUGGAGAAAUCAAACUACAUUAUGAAAAUGUCACUCAGGAAUUGCAGAAUCAGUGUGAAGAGAAAAUAACUUCAGUAACAAAACAGAGUCAAUUAGAAAUCAUCUCCAGGGAUGAAAAGAUAAACAAAUUAAAAAAACAAAUAUCUGACCUCUUCAAGGAGAAAUCACGGGAGCAUCAUCAACAGAUAGAGGAUCUCCAAAAUGAACUAAAACUAUUAAGAGACGAAGCUCAGUUUCAUCAAAAAGUGUGCAAAAGACAGGAUACAAGCAAAAAGGUCCUUUUCUGUCUCAUUUGCUGGCGACGCCUCCUCUUCAAUGUCUCUGUCGGAGUAACUCAAGGCUCUGUCCUGGGUCCUCAACUCUUCUCUAUUUAUACUUCUUUACUGGGUACACUUCUCAACAGCUAUGGCUUCAAAGAUCACCUCUAUGCUGAGAUCUGCCUCUCCACCCCUGCUCUCACUCCUUCUGUCCUGUCUCACGUCAGCGACUGCUUAUCUGGCAUUUCUUCCUGGAUGGCCUUUCACCACCUAAAGAUUAACAUGUCUCACCCUCCUACCCUUUUAGAUUGUAAAUUCCAAUUGGAAUAGGGCCCUCAAUUCCUCCUGUAUUUGUUUGAUAAGUUUUGUCCUGUCUCUUAAAAAUAUUGUAUCAUCAUUGUACUUUUAUCUUUUGUACCCAUGGACGGCGCUGCAGAAUUUAUUGGUGCUUUAUAAAGUAUAAUAAUAAUACAAUGGGACCAAAAAUAUUGUUGAUGUGGCAGUAACUUGCAGGCUAA